GUCUAGCACCCGAGAUUCCUGAAGACCUUUAUCAUUUGAUCAAGAAAGCUAUCGCUGUUCGAAAGUACUUGGAAUGUAAUCGUCAUAAUAAAGCUGCCAAAUUCCGUUUGAUGUUGAUCAAGUCAAGAAUACACCGCCGCGUCAGAUUUUAUAAAGUAAUGGGACAACUUCCCCCGGACUGGAAAUUGUAUCCUUAA